UGGAAAAGCAUGAAAAUUUUUAUAUUUGUCCUAUUUGUGGUGAAAUUUUUUUUAGUGAAUAUCCCUUAAAACAACAUAUCCUUAAACAUUCAGACAAAAUACCUUAUAAAUGUGAAAAAUGUAACGUACAAUUCAAAUAUCCAAAAACUUACGUAAGUCAUCUCAAAAUGCACGAAGAAUCUUACAUUUCAUCUCUUUGUGGUAACCAGUUUCCAAGUAAAAAACGUUUAGAACAACAUAGCCAGGAAUAUUAUAUUGAAAAAACGAAUAUUGAAGAAGACUGUGCAAAAUCUUUCAACUCAAGUUACAGGGAGUUAAAUAAUGCAAGUGAUGAUCGGUUUACUCCAAAUAAAUCGACAGAAACAACUUGUACAGAAAUUCUAACUAAAAAGAAAUAUUUAUGUGAAUACUGCGGACGUGACUAUAACGAUAUUUCAAAACUAAAUAUUCACAUUCGAACUCAUACCGGUGAAAAACCUUAUUCAUGUAAUGAAUGCAAUAAAUUAUUUACAAGUCAAUCCAAUAGGAACGAGCAUAUUCGAAUAACCCAUAAAAAAGAAAAACGCUAUAAAUGUACCCUUUGUGAGAAGACAUUCACAAUAUCAAAUUUGCUAAAACAACAUAUAAGGAUUCACAUGAAUGAUAAACCAUUCACAUGUGAUAUUUGUAAUCAAAAAUUCCGAGAAAAACACCAUUUAACACGACAUAAACUAGUACAUACCGGUGAAAAGCCAUUUUCAUGUAGUAUUUGUGAUAAACAGUUUAGACAAAACGAUACUUUACGAAAGCACAUGAGAACACAUACGGGGAAAAAAUGUACGUUUUGUGAGAAGAAAUUCACAACGUCCGAAAGAUUAAAAAAUCAUUUGAGGAUACAUACGAAUGAUAAACCAUUUGAAUGUGAUAUUUGUAAUCAAAAAUUUCGAUUAAAACAACAUUUAAUUCGACAUCAAUUCGUGCACACCGGUGAAAAACCAUUUUCAUGUAGUAUUUGUGAUAAAAAAUUUACACAAAAUAGUAAUUUACGGUCGCACAUGAGGACACAUACGGGGGAAAAAUAGUACGUGUGUUCGAUAUGUAGUAAAGUU